AUGGCCAACAAGGAGGAGGGGGUAUUUCUGACGCAGAAGGGCAAGAGAAGGGGCGGCCAAGCAGAAGAUGCCGUCGACGCGGAUCAGCUCGAGGAGAUGGUGGCUGGCGUGGCGCAGACGAGCCAGUCCACACUACUCCUCAAGAAAAAGAAGGAGAUGCGCGAGGUGGACGAUGCGCUUGAGUUCAUGAAAGAUGAGUAUAACACCCGCAUGGACAACUGCGACCAGCGCGAGGCGGAGUUCGAGCAGAAGCAAGUUGACAUGCGAGAGCAGGUGGUGAAGUUCGAGAAGUUCAUCCAAGAGAACGACGCAAAGAGGAUUAGAGCAGAGGCCAAAGCCAAGCAGGAACGCCGAAUCUUGGACCAACAGGCGGCGGAGCUCCGAAAACUUGAGAAGGAAUUGUCCUCGGCAAUGGCGGAGGAAGCUAAGCUGGAGGGGCGACGACUUCGGCUUAAAAGGUACGAGGAUUACCUGAAGGGAAGCAGCUCCGCAGCCGACCCGGAGAGAGACGAGAUCAGCGACUUGCUCAACAGAUUCAAAACGCUACGAGAUGCGAACUUCGACUUGAUGAAGCUGUGCGAGGAGCACGACACCAGCUACGAGAAAGGACGUCUUGAGAUGCAGCAAUACAGGCAGGACAAGCAAAAUGAAGUUCUGGUGACCAAUUCUUCCCUAAACGAGAAGCAGAUGGAGUUGGAGCAGAUAAGGGGGGCCGUCAAGAGAGAGGAGCACAAGAGCGAACAGGAAGGAGAGCGGGUGAUGGGGGUGUGCAGGGAGUCCGGCCAAGUCAUGCUGGCCAUCAGCAACCUUCACGCGAGGUGUAAGCAGACGAUGCGAAGUCGAAUUCCCGACAUGAACGACAAGCAGCUAGAGAAGAUGGCAUUCUUAGAGCGUUGCCUGCACUGCCUACACGUCGUGGGGGAAAGAAUAGAGUGA